CAGAUGUUAGCAUCAUGAAACCUAAGCUGCUACUCUUGCAUUGGUAAAGGAAUCUAGUCCAAAAUGUCCCAGGAAACUAUUGAAAAUUCCCUGAUCAUUCUUCCAAAACCGACUUGGAAGAUCGACCUUCCUCCAUUAUCAGCGGAAGAAUGGAUAAACUCACAAGGAUUUGGAGAUUGGCCUCUUCCACCAUCCGAGAUGGAAUUUGAUAAUGUAAAGUCUAGAUUUCCAGAUUUAUUCUGCUCACAAGAGGAAAUCUUAGCAACAUUUGUGGAAGGAAUAGAGAUUGAUACAGAACCAUAUGAUAUUGUAGAGGAGCAAAUAAACAGCUUGGAGGACCGGCUUUCCAAAUAUAGUGAAAUGCUACUCGAAAAAAGGGAUCGGAAGGUAUCACCAUAUGGUAUAACUUGUGUACCUGCUGAAUUCGAGAUUGGUAAAGGAAAAAUAAAUCAAGAGAUUGUCAGUAAUGUUAAGAUAAGAAAACCGUUGCAAGAUCAAGAAGUGACACAAGGUGGAGGAAGAGCUGGUAUAAUUCAGUAUGCUCUCUUUCCCGGUUUUGAUGAAUGGGAGUUGACUUCACUUCCUCGUCAAAUUGAAGCACCACACAUUCUCAAUAAAGUAACACAAGGUUUUGAUUUUGAUGCUAGUUGGUUCAAAAUUUGGAAGAAGUACUUUCUCUCACAAGGAUCAGUUGCUUUAUUACAAGAUACAUUUUGGUGGGUUUUGCUCGAGAGAUUUCAUCCUAAUCAAAGGGAACAAGAUCGUCUUUACAACCGCAUAGCAGAUAGCUAUGUGUCAUUAUUUUUAAACAUUCCUGAAAAGCACAAAGACUUUAUCCUAAAAAAUUAUCCAUCUGCUUUAGCUCAGAGUUUGUAUAGCACAUUUUGUAAUGUGUACACAAAUUCAUUAAAACAUUUUGAUGGUGAGUUUAAGACAUUUCUGUGCAAUUUGACAUCAGAGUGGAUCUGUGGUAGCACUCCUCCCCCUCUCACUUGGACAAAAUGGCCGAUCAAUCUACUCGAGCCCUCAAGCUCCCACAAAGAUGAUGAAGGCCGAAAGUCUGGACUUAAACUACAGCCACAAGAGUCAACAGUCGAUGAGAAGCCUAUUUCUCCAAUGUUUCAGCUGCCCAAAGUUCUUAAAGAGUCACAUCCUGCAGGACCUGGACCCGUCUUUGAAAGAGUUCAGUUCAAUUUAUUUGGUCGAAGCCCACUUGUCACUCAUUAUCUGAACACGAGAAAUUUGGGGAUGGAUCUCUUGGCCCCUAAGCUGGUAUCAAGGACCCAAAUUGAAAAAAUAGGAGCACAAGAACCAACAUAUCGACAGAUCAUCAAACAGGCUAAUAAAGUCUAUGAAAACUUGGAGGAGCAACAUGAGCGGGCUAUGAAGCUCAGUGAUGUUGAGUCAAGAAGGAUCCACAAGAGGUAUAGAGAUGAAAUUUUAGAGCUUUCAGUGAUUCAAAAGGAGUUGUUCAAACGAAAGAAUGAGGUCAGAGUUCUGAGCGAGAAAUUGAUAGACUACCAGAACAGUGAUUUGUACAAUCAGCCUGGUACUUUUGCCAACAUUUUCGAACCAUAUGCUGAACUUUUCAAAGACCAGAUUGAGGAGGCUCGGAAAGAAAUGUAGACUUAUGGUUAAGUUUGAAGUUGUAUUAAAAUUAUUCUAAAUUUGUUUCACAAGUAGCAUGUUACAAAAGAUUUUCUCCAAGUCAUUUAGGCGUCAUCUUUUACAGAUCUGAUUGUUUGGCAAUUAUCAGCUGCAUGUCUUUGUUGUUUUAUCAUGAUUGUUAAGAUGAUAAUGCAUUAUAAUA